GCGGCCCCGCCCCCGCCGCCAGAUCCGCUGCUGCUGCCGCGGCGGGCGGACCUGCAGGAGGCGGCGGCGGCGGUGGCGGCCGAGGCCGAGGGAAGAUGGCGGACGGCGUGGACCACAUAGACAUUUACGCGGAUGUGGGCGAAGAGUUCAACCAGGAAGCAGAAUAUGGUGGACAUGAUCAGAUAGAUUUGUAUGAUGAUGUCAUCUCUCCAUCUGCAAAUAAUGGCGAUGCUCCAGAGGACCGAGAUUACAUGGAUACUCUACCGCCAGCGGUUGGUGAUGAUGUGGGCAAAGGAGCAGCCCCAAAUGUGGUCUACACAUAUACUGGAAAGAGAAUUGCAUUGUAUAUUGGGAACCUAACCUGGUGGACAACAGAUGAAGACUUGACUGAGGCAGUUCAUUCUUUGGGAGUAAAUGAUAUUUUGGAGAUAAAAUUUUUUGAAAAUCGAGCAAAUGGCCAGUCAAAGGGGUUUGCUCUCGUUGGUGUUGGAUCUGAAGCAUCUUCAAAAAAGUUAAUGGAUUUGUUGCCUAAAAGAGAACUUCAUGGUCAGAAUCCUGUUGUAACUCCAUGCAAUAAACAGUUCCUGAGUCAAUUUGAAAUGCAGUCCAGGAAAACUACACAAUCAGGACAAAUGUCUGGGGAAGGUAAAGCUGGUCCUCCAGGAGGCAGUUCACGUGCAGCAUUUCCACAAGGUGGUAGAGGACGGGGCCGUUUUCCAGGGGCUGUUCCUGGUGGGGACAGAUUUCCUGGGCCCGCAGGACCAGGAGGGCCACCCCCUCCUUUUCCAGGAAAUUUGAUCAAGCAUCUUGUUAAAGGAACUCGGCCUUUGUUCCUGGAAACUAGGAUUCCAUGGCAUAUGGGGCACAGCAUAGAGGAAUUACCCAUUUUUGGCCUAAAAGCUGGACAGACACCGCCUCGUCCACCCUUAGGUCCUCCUGGCCCACCUGGCCCGCCAGGCCCACCACCUCCUGGUCAGGUUCUGCCACCACCUCUAGCUGGGCCUCCUAAUCGAGGAGAUCGCCCUCCACCACCAGUUCUUUUUCCUGGACAACCUUUUGGGCAGCCUCCGUUGGGUCCACUUCCUCCUGGCCCUCCACCUCCAGUUCCAGGCUACGGCCCCCCGCCUGGUCCACCACCACCGCAACAGGGACCACCUCCACCUCCAGGCCCCUUUCCACCUCGCCCACCUGGCCCACUGGGGCCACCCCUUACACUUGCUCCACCACCGCACCUUCCGGGACCACCUCCAGGUGCCCCGCCGCCAGCUCCACAUGUGAACCCAGCUUUUUUUCCUCCACCAACUAACAGCGGCAUGCCUACAUCAGAUAGUCGAGGUCCACCUCCUACGGACCCAUAUGGUCGGCCACCACCGUAUGAUAGGGGUGACUAUGGCCCUCCUGGAAGGGAGAUGGAUACUGCAAGAACACCAUUGAGUGAAGCUGAAUUUGAAGAAAUCAUGAAUAGAAACAGGGCAAUUUCAAGCAGUGCUAUUUCAAGAGCUGUGUCUGAUGCCAGUGCUGGUGAUUAUGGAAGUGCUAUUGAGACUUUGGUAACUGCAAUCUCUUUAAUUAAACAAUCCAAAGUAUCUGCUGAUGAUCGCUGCAAAGUUCUUAUUAGCUCUUUGCAAGAUUGCCUGCAUGGAAUUGAGUCCAAGUCCUAUGGUUCUGGAUCAAGAAGACGUGAACGAUCAAGAGAAAGGGACCAUAGCAGAUCACGAGAAAAGAGUCGGCGUCAUAAAUCCCGUAGUAGGGAUCGUCAUGAUGAUUACUAUAGAGAGAGAAGCAGAGAGCGAGAGAGACACCGGGAUCGGGACCGAGACCGGGACCGAGAAAGGGACCGAGAGCGAGAGUAUCGUCAUCGUUAGAUGAGCUGAAGGAAGAGGAGCACCUUCCAAGACAAAAACAGCCUUCAUGGGGAAAAUGACGCUUGUCCAGCAGUUUGCUUCUUGCGAUGAACUGAACGUGUAAGGAUUCAUGGAUAAAGUGAAUAGAUCUGAAUAAAGCAAAUCUGCGUAAAUGGUAACCAGUAGCUCUACUUUUAUUUUUUUAUGUUGCUUAACUGUUUUAUUUGAAGGAAACCUGUGUGAUUUAAAAAGUUAUAGCUUUUGCAACUUUAUUACUGGUUAUAUACAUUUGGCCAUUAUAAUGUGCAAGCAAUUGGAAAAAGUAAAGUAUUUGCUUGUUUUUAUAGUAGUUUGUUCUUGUUAAAAAAUGUUCAUAUGAUAAUGUCUGUAAACAGCACCACUUUGAUUACAAUAGAUGUAGUGUUGUAAUAAACUGUUUAAUGGGG